AUGGAUGUGGAUUCUGUACAAUCCUCCACGUCCGGUCUGUUCUGGGACUUCAAAUUGAAACGGAAGAGGAUUCAGGAUAUUUUAACUGAGUCAGGUCCCAUGAUGACAAGCCAGUUGAUGUUUAAUAAACCAUCCGAAUGUGAUCAACAAAGUGACGUCAGCACUGGAAGUACAGACAGUGCGUAUGUUUCAGACAGGACUUCAGACUUAGAUACAGCACCUCCCGCAAAGAAAAAGUCCACACAUGCUACAGAAGUCAAAAACGACACAUGCUUUGAAACAGAAGAACCAUUGACUGGGGAGACAUCAGAACAUUCAUUGGAAGAGGAAUCUUCCAUUUCAGUGAUGUGUUCCUCAGCACCUUCUUCUUUGUCAUCAUCCCCUUCAUUUACCUCAUCUCCACCCACCUCUGUCUCAUCAAUGAACUCACAAUCACCUACUGCCUCAGAUGAUUCUAAGAUCAGCUCCUUAAGGUCAUCCCCACAAAUGACAUCCAAAGCUUCUCCAUCUAUGAAUAAUCCAGUAAUCCUUAGCUGCCCGCCAGGCUACUUCAUGCAGCUGUCCAAUGGAUUCACCGCUCAUCCUAAUGGUGGCCGCAUGAACUACUUUCCAAUGAUGCCCUUUUCAUCAGAUGGUAUGCUUCAGUCGUGCCCAACACCAAUGUUCCUUGCCACAAGUGCCGAAGGCUACAUUGUAUCUCGAGCCAGCGAUGUUUCUCUCUCCCACAGCCCGUCAAUUAUCACCUACCCAACUCUAGACGGAGUUAAAGGAGUCAGUGCUGAAGAUGUUCUGAAGCUGAACAAACCCAAGAUAGCCAUCAACUGCGGUAACGGUUACACCACACUAAACACGCCAAGCCCCAAGUUCAAAGAACCAAAGAAGGAAGAAACUCGACUAGAGAAAGACAGUGAAUUCAUCUCUCACUACACAAACGGCCUGUUUGUUUACAGAGGCCAUCUGGCUGAGAACCCACACAACUUGAAGCCUCGAACAAGUGACAGUGUGUCCUACUUAGACACGGUCAAAGCAGAAGACUCGGAUGGUGAAGAGCCACUGGUGUGUGCCAUCUGCAAUGACAAGGCUACAGGACUACAUUAUGGCAUCAUCACUUGUGAGGGCUGUAAAGGCUUCUUCAAAAGAACAGUCCAGAACAAGAGGGUGUACACAUGUGUGGCGGAUGGGAACUGUGAGAUCAACAAGGCCCAGAGAAACCGGUGCCAGUACUGCCGAUUUAAGAAGUGCCUUCGGAUGGGAAUGGUUUUGGCAGCUGUCAGAGAAGACAGGAUGCCCGGAGGGAGGAACUCUGGGGCAGUUUACAAUCUCUACAAGAUGUCGAGUCCACACGUAGACUACAGGAGCAGGGCUGCUGGAGAAGCUGCUGGGUAUCAUCAGAUGUAUAUGACAAAACCACAAGUCAAGCAGGAGAUGCAGGACUGCACGGAUGAUAAUAGUCAACAACAAACAGGUAGAAGUAAUACCAGUUACCAUCUCAUAUCACAAGCGGAAAGCUACAACUCCAAUGAAACCUCACUUAACACUUUCACAUUAGCCCCAUCACCAAAGAUGUCCUAUACGGCUCCUACCGAAAGUUCUCUCCAGCUGAAGAGAGAUACUUCAAGGAUGUCGCCCACACCACAGAACAACCAGAACCAGUUUUCUUCCAACAGUCAGAAUUCCACUCAAACAUUUAAACUUCCCACUCCACAUCAACAGCAUCAGACGGACUUGUCAGAAAGUCAAUCCACCCAAGAUGAUUUGAACACUUUCUGUCACCCCCAGCUGCCGUCCUUGCCAUUUUAUUCAUCGCCUCCCUCUCUGAUAUCAGACCUGGCCAAGAAUGAUUCUCUUUUGAGCAUCGCUGAAGACUACCAGAUUGAGCAGUUCACUGGCACAGAGGAGACAGUCGCUCAGGCACUCUGCCAGGUUGGUGAUAGCAUUGUGAUGAGGUUUGUGCAGUGGAUGAAGCAGUUGCCAUUUUAUAGGUACGGGAAUUAUAUACCUAAAGAACUUCAGACCAAAAUCCUGAUGUCUAAAUGGCACGAGCUGCUGCUGCUGAUCAUGGUUGCCUAUGGACCUGUCGUAAAACACCCAAAGAAGUCCGACAAAAAGCCCACAUUCUCAGAACUCUACCAGGGCAACAUGAAGCGCAUGCAGGAGUACCUGGAGAAGAGCUUCCAGAAGUUCUUCACCCUGGAGCAGCUGCAGGAGGAAAUUGGCAGCCUCAUGGAGAAGGUGACGGCCAUCACGGCUUACUUUUGGCAGCAAGGCAUCACCAGGAAAGAGCUCUUGUGCCUCAAAGUCAUCCUGCUCCUGAAUCACGAGUGUGUGAAGAAAGAGACGAAACUCCUCCAUAUAGCAAAUGCCUACAAGCAAGCUCUGCAGCAGUACAUCCUGGAAAGGUUUCCUUCCGAAGCCAACCGCUUGGGUGAUCUUUUGGGACAGUUUCAGAACCUUCAGACAGCUUCAGCACAGCUUCUCAACAGUAAAAUGAUCUACAUACCUUUCCUGCUGAAUGCCUAA